AUGGAUGACUCAGAUAAACAGAGACAGCCGGAGGAGUCGAGGGUGAAAAAGAGCCUGAACCUCACGGAGUGUGUGUCUCCACCCAGAAACACUGAGAGCCGGUCGAAGUUAUUUGCAGAGAAGCGGAAAACGAGUCCGUACUUCGGUGGAAGGAGUAACGCUUUGAGUCGGCCAAAACGCAAAGCCUUCAGGAAGUGGACUCCGCCGCGCUCGCCCUACAACCUGGUGCAGGAGACCCUGUUUCACGACCCCUGGAAGCUUCUGGUGGCCACCAUCUUCCUCAACAAGACCAGCGGUAAGAUGGCGAUCCCGACGCUGUGGGAGUUUUUCGAGCGCUACCCGAGCGCAGACGUGACCCGAGCGAGUGACUGGAGGCCUCUGGCGCUCCUGCUGCAGCCGCUGGGUCUCAGCACACUCCGCGCAAAGACACUCAUACGCUUCUCUGACGAGUAUCUGAGUAAAUCCUGGCGAUAUCCCAUUGAGCUCCACGGCAUUGGCAAAUACGGCAAUGACUCAUACCGAAUCUUCUGCGUGGAGGAGUGGAGAGAGGUGACACCAGAUGACCACAAGCUCAACGACUAUCAUGCCUGGUUGUGGAGAAACCAGGAGCGCUUAGGAAUCUGAUUUUACUCAUUUUAAUAAACCAUAAUGUCUGCAGGAGCACGUGUGAAUCAGUGCCGUACCAGUGAACACAUCAGAGAUCAGCUGCACUGACUUAUUUACCAGCUGAAAACACGAGCUGUUUUAACUGUUCCAUCAUGUUUGUUCAUCAGUUCAAGAGAAACGUUUGAGGAAUAAGAUAUGUAAAAAAUAAAUUAUCUUUUGUACAUGC